AUGGCCGACGAUGACUACGAGGAUAUCGACAUGGGAUAUGAAGAGGAGCCAGCCGAGCCUGAAAUCGAGGAAGGUGCAGAGGAGGAGGAUCCAGAUAACAAAAACGAUGACAUAGAUGGUUUAGGAGAACCAAUUGAAACUGAGGAGAAGGAAGAUGAUCAACCUGUUGAGCGUCCUCGAAGGACAUCCAAGUAUAUGACUAAGUACGAGCGGGCUAGGAUUCUCGGCACCCGGGCUCUUCAAAUCAGUAUGAAUGCACCUGUCAUGGUCGAAUUGGAGGGGGAGACUGACCCACUUGAGAUUGCUAUGAAGGAGUUAAGAGAGCGGAAAAUUCCGUUUACCAUCCGCCGCUACUUGCCUGAUGGAAGCUAUGAAGAUUGGGGAGUUGAUGAACUGAUUGUGGAAGACUCCUGGAAAAGGCAAGUUGGUGGGGAUUGA